AUGGCAAUUAAUGCUAAAAAAACUAAGGACAUGUGGAUCUCUUUCACGGACGCUAUACCUGAACCACCACGUCUUCGUAUUGGAAAUGGGUUAAUAGAAAGGGUCAACGCUUUUAAAUUAUUUGGCGUGUCGUUCCAAAAUAAUCUAAAAUGGAACGCACAUGUUGAAGAGAUUACACGUAAAGCAAAUAAACGCCUUUACCAUCUUAGAGAAUGCCGGAAAUCGCAGUUACCAGCUGAAGUCGGUAUUAUUACCUAUCAAUCCAAAAUAAGACCAAUUCUCGAGUAUGCAUCACCUGUCUGGGCGGGACUGCCUAAUUACCUGCGAGAUGAAAUAGAGCGGGUUUAAUCCAGGAGCUUAAGAAUCCUUGGCCUGGAAAAAGAUUACCUACCACCGCUGAACGAAAGAAGGGAAGAGGCAACUAGUCGAGAAGUUGAUAGGUUUAUGAACGAUCCAAACCAUCCCUGUCGCAGUGUUUUGCCAAAAUUAAUUAACAAUCGGUACUAUUUAAGGAACAUUGACCGGAAUCGCAAUAUAUCAUUCUUCUCAGGAACUGAAAGGCAUAAACAUUCUUUUUCAGGAAGAGCUUGUAAAUAUGUAUAAAUAAUUUUAACUUAUUGGAAGAACCUAUUAGUUUAAAGAACUUCUUAGUUUUAACUUCUUAGUUAGUUUUCUAAGUUAUCUUACAACAAUUUGUAAUAUAAAGACAUACCCACAGCAUAUAUACUUUCUUAAACAAGUAAUUGUAAGUCCAUUGUACUUUUUUAUCUUAAGAUGGAUGAAUAAAGCUAUUAUUAUUAUACUUCAAGAUGCAGCAAAGAUCUUGUCGUAGAGUCUGUGGACGGUAAUAAAAAUCAUCAGCUGUCGAACGUCAUCGAAUGUAACGCGAUCCCUGAUUCUAAAGAAGAGAUACCUUCGACAGAGGUAACCCGAGCUCACCCACAUCUACACGAAAUUGUUGACAAAAUAUCAGAGAUCCGCGGCGACGUAGACAUCCUACUGCGCAUCGGUCGGAACGCCCCUCCACUUCAAAAGGUUCACGAAUCCCGUAACGGACCUAGAAACGCCCCUUGGGCCCAGCGUCUUGAUCUAGGAUGGGUCAUCAUCGGCAACGCUUGCCUGGACGGAGCUCACACACCGAAGCCUUCCUGCUACAAAACAAACGUUCUCGAAAGCGGCCGACCAUCAAUCCUUUCACCCUGCCCUAAUCGUUUCCACAUCAAAGAGUACACAUCCACCGUUUCUGCCGUCCCCUGCGACGAAAACAAUGAUCAAAGGAAAGAGACAUUCGAAAACGGAAACUUUGACGAUGGCCUAGCAGCCAAAGUGUUUGCAAGCUCGAAGGACGACAACAAACCUGGUCCCUCCGUGAAAGACACGAGAUUUGUCAACAUAAUGGAACAUCAAACGGUCAAAAACGAAGCAGGGAACUGGGAGGCGCCACUUCCAUUUCGCAACCCGAUAUCAAGACUACCAGACAACCGCGAAGACACUC